UAAAAAACCAGUUACAUCUAGCAUUACGCGUGAAGAUGUCGCGUAUAGUAUUAAUAUGUUUAUUAAAUUUAUUUUGUUUAUCUGUAAGUCAUAAACAAGAUGCUGUGAGGCGUGUAUUUGCUUGGAAACAAAUAGACUACAAUUUUGACGGUGUUUUUUAUAGACGCGACGCCAAUUUUGAGAGGAAGGCAGAUAGAGUCGUUUUUCCAGACCAUGUAAACGACAGCGAAAAGUUCUUCAUACAAUACAAUAAUGUGCCGAUUGGUUUCGAAUAUUAUAAAGACAGGGUCUUUGUGACUGUACCUAGGAGGAGAUAUGGCAUACCAUCUACUCUAAACUAUGCAAUGCUAUCCGAAACAUCCCCAUCCCUUCGACCAUAUCCCAGUAGUGAGACCAUACAUGACCUCGUCUCAGUUUAUAGACCAAGGGUGGAUGUUUGUGGACGACUGUGGAUGGUAGAUACUGGUCUGUUGGAAGUACCUGGAGAAAGGCGUCAAGUCCAGAAGCCAACAAUCGUGAUCUAUGAUCUUAAAACUGACAAACACAUAUUAACAUAUGAACUCAAAGAUUCCGAUCUUAUUAACGAAAGAACACCCGGAGGUCUUACAUCAAUAACGGUAGACGUAACAGCUGAUAAUUGUAACGACGCUUACGCAUAUAUAAAUGACUUAGCUACAGAGGGAAUGAUUGUGUUUUCUCUCGCCAAAAUGGAUAGUUGGAGGAUACAGGACCCGUCGUUUGCGCAUGACGAAGGAUCUUUGAAUUUCACUGUUGCUGGUCAUGUUAUUAACUGGAAGGAUGGUCUAUUCAGCAUUGCGUUGUCAGAAGUUAAAGAUGGCUCCAGAAUGGCAUAUUACCACCCUCUAGUUUCUAAACAGGAAUAUACUAUAGAUACUAAGCAUUUGAAGAACAAUUCGUUUAAAGGAAAUAAUGUACUUCUAGGUAACAGAGGCGAGAACACUCAAAGCGGUUCCCAUGGUUACCACGCGAGGUCAAAAACAAUGUUCUAUGCAAAUGUAGCACAAGACGCCAUUUUGUGUUGGCGGGUGACGAAGGAAUUGAAGCCAGAGAAUGUGGCUAUAGCCGCACAGGAUCAUGAGAAAUUGGUUUAUAUAUCUGAUCUCAAGGUGAUUGGUGAUGAAGUAUGGGUUCUAGUCAAUCAGAUACCUAAUUUCGUAUUCUCUACAUUGGAUACUAAGGAAAUAAAUUAUUAUAUACACAGAGCGAACGUCCGCGAUUUAAUCCGAGGCACAGUAUGCGAAAACGACUGAUUGGUAAUUUCUAUCAUACUAUUUGUAAAUGUUUAAUUACAUAUUGUAUUUAUUGAAUAAAUAAACUAUU